GGUGAGUAGAUGUGAGUUGUGGACGCAAGCGCGGGCUUCGGUAUCAAAUAUGGCGGAUCAGAAUGACAGGUACCCGUUGCACCGAUCCGUUUUCGACAACGAUUUAAAAACUCUGUCCAGAUUGUUACGUAUUCACGAUGUCGCAGAGAAGGACAAACACGGCAAUACGGCGCUGCAUCUUGCUGUCAUGCUCGGAAGGAAAGAAUGUGUGCAACUGUUGUUGAAACACGAUGCUCCAGUUAAAGUUAAAAAUGGACUGGGUUGGACAGUCUUGGCAGAAGCUAUUAGCUAUGGAAAUAGGCCUACAAUUUCCUCCUUGGUCAGAAAAUUCAGGCAGCAGAGCAGGGAGCAAAUGGAAGAGAGAAGGCCAAACCUAGUUCAUGCACUGAAUAAGAUCAAUGAUUUUUACAUGGAAUUGAAAUGGGAUUUUCAAUCAUGGGUUCCUUUAGUUUCGAGAAUAUUGCCAUCAGAUAUAUGCAAAAUUUACAAGUCCGGCGCGAAUAUAAGACUGGACACGACGCUUGUCGACUUCUCCGAUAUGCGAUGGGAACGUGGUGAUAUCUCGUUCAUUUUCAAUGGAAACGCUCCACCCAACCAAAGCCUCACUGUUCUUGAUAAUGGCCAAAAAGUAUAUCAAAAUGUGAAAUACGAGGAAAGUGAAAUGGAAAUAGAAGAUGAGGUAGAUUUGCUAAUGUCUACUGAUAUUUUGGCAGCUCAAAUUUCAACCAAAAGUAUAUCAUUUAUCCGAGCCCAGAGCGGUUGGAUUUUCAGAGAGGAUAAGACGGAAGUUGUUGCUGGACAGUAUGCAAGUGAACUGUACACAGUGCACGGAUUAGUAUUAGAAAGUCGCAAAAGGCGCGAGCAUUUAUCGUUGGACGAUCUGCAGAAAAAUAAGGCACUUCUGGAGAGUUUUACCAAAGGAGGAAACAUUCAAAAUUUUGAUCAAAACGGAGUGCCUGUAAGACGGUCAAGUUUAAAUCCGCCACCUGAUAAAAGUGUUACAUGGCCGCAGUACAUUCAAUCCGAGUUGAAUUCUUAUCCACGAUUAGGCCGAGAUUUGGUGUACAAAGAAUCGUCGAAAUCAUUUAAAGCUACAAUAGCUAUGAGUCCGGAGUUCCCCUUAUCGGUUGCAAUGCUAUUGAACGUGCUUGAAGUAAUUGCACCUUUCAAACAUUUCUCGAAGUUGAGGGAUUUUAUAGCAGCUAAAUUGCCAUCCGGAUUCCCAGUUAAAGUCGAAAUUCCAAUCCUACCAACGGUGACGGCUAAGAUUACCUUCCAGGAGUUCGAGUUUCGCGAUGAUAUUCCGAAGAAUUUGUUUACGCGACCAAAAGAUUACAUCGAAGAUCCGACGAGAUUUCCUGACUUAUGACGUCCUGAAUUGUUAAAUAGUUUCGAAAUCGAGUGUGUGGAAAAGCCACGCUUCGUAAUGACUACAGAUCGCGUGCCCAAGCGGAAACUGGUGUACGGCACUUCAAAUGCUGAACAGAAAACCGUCUGCGUGGAACUGCCGAUGUUCUUUACCUUAGGCAGUAUCUAUUCUACCAGCUGUCUCCUAUAUAUAGAAUAAUACUGAACUUGGACCAUUUAUUAAUGUUUACUUUUUACACACCAUUAUAUACUAAUUUAUUAUUAUUACUAGGUACUUAACUGCAGCUUUUCUUUAUCUGUUUUCAUUUUGUAAAUGAGAAGAAAAAUUACAGGGUGUUUUUAAUCUAGAUAUAUCUGUCGUUCUCCAAUGUUAUCAUUCAUAAACCCAUUAUUUUCGUAGGAAGCUAAAUGUAUUGUAUUUAAAUUUUUAAUGAUAUUUUGCCGGCCUUAACGUACAAAAACGAUGUUGGUUUUGAUAUGAUUCCAACAAUAAAUUGAUAUCGAGACAAUACGGUAAUGAAAAAUUAAAUCAAAAGAUGAAAUAUUUAUGUAAUCCAAAAACAUAUCAAAAAAAAAGAGAAGAUAAGGUAGAAACAUUCCGUUUUAUCAUUGUUUUUAUAUUUUCUAUUUAUUGUAAAUCAAUUUUUCUGUGGGUUCAUGUCUUGUAGAAUUCGAACUGUCCCAUGUCCUAUAAUUAUAUGUAUGUGUAAACAAACAAAAAAAAAACUAAACUACUUUUAAAAUAUGUGUGUUACACUUGAUGUCUUAACUGUUGUCAUAUGUUUUAAUGAUUAUUUUUUAAUUGUUGAAAAUUCUGUUUCAUUGUUGCUCUGUUUCUUCAUUAUGUUUAGUG